UUGUAUCUAUUGUGUGACAAAAACCCAAUACCAAUGAAUGUAAACUUACCGGUGCUGUGGCUGUGGUUACUGACAAUCAUCUCAUUGAGUGUUGAGAGGGGACCAGACUUUUGCCAAUCGCUGGUCAACAACGACGACCGCAUUGACUACACGUAUGAAUACACUGUCAAACGGGGCAACGCUAUGGAGUAUAUCUCAUACCUGAUCGUUGGCCACAACUACUGGCCGUUGAGAUAUAAGGUGGACAACACCGGCGAAGGCAACCGGAUUAAGGCCGCAGUGAUGUUUGACGACCGGUUCAACGGCCAGACCAGCGACUCGUUUGGCGCCGAGUACUCCAUGACAUUCGCCGCACCGGUUAAUGGCACGGCUGCUGACGGGGCCGGCAGUCGGUUCUAUAUCUCGGCACUCGUGAAGAGUGACGGCACGGCCGCCGCUACCGUCAAAUGGGUCCGCUUUGACAGCAGUGGUUACCAACUCUCGCACAACAGCGACACUCAGUACAAGACAUCGUCGAUUGUCUUCGGCGACGACUUCCAGCCGACACUAACGGUUAAUAUGUACCUACAAGUGCUGAAAGAUGCGGCGGCCAGCGAUUCCGGGGCCGCCACUCCCGCCGCACUGUACGACACGUAUGAGUCGGUGUGUUUCGGCCAACAGUCGGAGCCGGCGGACCAUCAGUACGCCAAGACUUACCGGUGCUAUCGGUUUACGGACAGCUCAGGCGAUGGCACACAACUCGUCGCCGAAGACUAUACCCAGAAAGCCAUCGAAGGUCUGGAGCGUGAAAUGAAUGGCCAGAACAUAGCGUACGACUCGAGUGCCGGCGACUCUGUCCUCAGGACACUGAACAGCGAUCACAAGACAAUCGGUGUCUUUCGGUUCAAGCGAUUCAAUUGGCAUUCAGAUAAUGAGACCAUUUAUAUGUUUUUCUAUCUCAAAGAUCGGGUCAUCUCUUACUGUCCGACGCGAAGGAAUCUGUUUAUCAAAGAAUGUCCGUAUAGAGACUUCAAAGUACUCGUCAAUUGCAGCGAUUAUACACCAAUAGUGACCACAACUGCGGCCACAACCACCACAACCAUCACCGUUACUCAACCCAUUACUGGUGCCAACACUACCACAACAACCGACACCAAUACAGAUACCAAUACAACCGCUGCCGGAGGGGGAGCGCCAGAAGUAGGGGCUGAACAGUCACCGGCACAACCAUCAGGACCGGUGAAGACAACACCAAAGUCUGCGGCGGCGGUCAUCACCGGCGGUAUACAUGUGGGGGACGGCGAUACGAGCACAACACCGGUGCCAUCGGCUGAUGAUAUGAAGGGCACAGACGUGACGAUUGGUGUUGUAGUGAUCGGUCUGUUGGCGGUGUUGGCCAUAUCAGUGGUAUUGUCGGUGGUUUUUGGCGCCAGACAUUGUGCACAUCACGAACAGUCUGUGUCCGGCCGGUCGGUCACUACUGGUCGUAAAGUUGGCAAAAGCGAUGACGUUAUCAUCAAACCGAGUGCUCCGACAGCGGCUACUGAUGGCAAACCCAGUGGUGAUAAUAUCGGUGACGCGGAUGAGCACAAGAGUGGGCAACUCAGCGAUGAACAGAUACCCAUCCAAUCGCCGGCCACUACUGGUCGCCAAGCGAUGGCUCCCAUUGUAAAAGUCGAGAUUAGGUGUCAAUUGUGUGGUGAUGUCGUCGAACGCAUUAUUGUCCGCAAAUCACAUCCAACUGAUCCCGAAGAGCCACCGAAAGCCGUAUUCAACGCACGACCCGUUAAACUGGAUAUUCCUAUCGAUAUUUAUCGCGAAAAGCAAUUAUAA